GUGAUCAACAGUAGAUUGAUAGUUUUGAAACCUGCUACCUCUUUCGUCUAUGAAGGCAAGUUGAUAUAAAAUUAGGUAUACACAAUAUUCUAUAGGGCGACUAUGCUGUCAGAGGAUCUAUCUUUGAUUCUUAUGGAUUCGGAACAAUCCAGAACGUUUUUUCUUUUGCCAUUAUAGGAAGUCCUCUCGACUCUUUUGUUGAGUAUAUCAGAUGUAUCUUGAACGAUUGGAUAGGGUGAGAUAUGAGACCUAGAAUAUCUAGGAUGUAGAUAAACCUACUCAUUACUCCAUAAGGUGCAUGAGACUCAGAGUAGUACCGGCAUAGAUUGCUUCUUGCCGUCGACUUUUUAUCAGAACCAAAUUACCAUCUCAGGCCAAGCAUGGCUGAUUCCAUUGAUCAUCUUACAAAGCAUUGCCCAAAAUGGUAACACCUGCCGUUAGAUAUCAAAACAGUCACUGCAGCAGGGAUCAAAUGCGGAAAACCCGAGAUUUAUAACAAUUCCCUUUCGUGGGUUUAUGUUUUGGUUUUUCCCGCGAAUGAGUAUGUGUCUUGAGAUGGUGCAGAUGUAGGUAUGUAGAAUCUCUGCGUCACCCCCCGUUGACUCAUGAAUGUACCGCCCGUGGCGACGUUUAAGCUGCCUUUUUUGCAGAGUUAUCAAUACGAUUCCGCGGGAUCUUCUGUGCAACUGAGGAUUCCUUGGGGUAAUCCGAGUUAAGCGGGUGGUUUCGGCGUCGGGAGUCUCUCCGACAUCAGUCGCCCCGAACUUGCAGAUGGCCGGCACACACUUCCGGUCAAUCCCCGUACAUUACUCGACUAGGAUCCGGUCCUUUUUACCAUGGAAUCAUUGGUGAAGAAAGCACUGCUGCCAUCAUUUGGUCCCAACCAAAUUGGCCCAAUGUUUGUCACCCCUGCCACAUGCACGACUUUCUACUUACGCCAAACGUUAUGGCAACUAGACGCCGAUUAUAUGUAUUGAGAGAUGCGGGCUUCACAGACCCGAAGUUGGCACUGGCGAAUCUUUCGAAUCUAGUAGACCCAUGGCUUGCCACCCUUUUAUACGUAAAGCCCUGCAGACAACGCGGCUACCUAAUAAUUCUACAAUGGUCCCGUAAGUUCGCUAUGAGCAUCGCGAUUCUCUCCAUCCAUACUGCACGUCCAGUCUUCAAAAAGUGGAAACUCGACAAGCCCCAUCAUGUCUACACUUGAUCUAGGCCCUUUGGCAAUGAGUCAAACAAAAGAUGACCUCGUCAAGCAUCUAAACAUUAGUGCGGAGACGUAUAGCCUGAUGGCGAAAGAGACAGAUACGGUCUAUAGGUGGCUUAUUUCGGAGAAAUGCCACCUCAAGCAGAAUUGCAAAGGGCAACCUCCGUACGAUUGGAGCGAUAUUGUCGAGAGAUCGAAGGAUGAAGCGAUGAAACUGAUAGUCCAAAAUGGUACUGAUCAAACGGCAUACUACUGGAACUUGGCCAGGCCAACUGUCGACUGCCCAAACUGGAUCGCAAGAUGGUUUUUGUAUCACAAAUUUCGCUAUCGAGAUGGCAGGAACAGAAACAUCAGGGCCGAUAGUAGAGAUAAUGCGCCAUACAAUUCCACGACCCCUUCGCACAACCAUCGCCAGAAUCACCGCCAUCCGCACCGUCCAUGCCCUUCACAUAAUAGACUUGUACAGGUAGAUGAGCAAUACAGCCCCUCUUCGUUCUAUUCAAGCGCGUCCAUGAAUGCAGGAAACAGUCAGGGAUACGACUAUUCUUCUACUGAGCCUAGCUCGUAUACUAGUGGCUACGCCACCUACUCACCGAGUCAAUCAUAUACACCAUCGUCGUCAUACCCAUCGUAUACGUUAUCUCCGAUCACCCGAGAGAACGGACAGACUAAGCCAUACGAUCCAGUCAGAGAUCUUUAGUCACCCCGCUUACGAGACGCGGAUAUAUGUGGAAUACUGCGCAUGAAGACAUGACGUUAUGAGUUCUUUUUGUUACGCUAGGAUGGAGUUCAUCGCAGGCAUGGGUGCGAGGGUCAUUAGGAUGAACUGUUACGAUAAUCAUGGCAAUGAAGUUACUUGUUCGGUUGCUGGGGGGUUAUUGGCCCACGUUUUACAGCAUAGGAGCUCUAUCCAUUUCACUGCUGGGGAGGCAUGUAUACGAGCGUUCUCUGGAUCUGAAAUUGACUUCAAAAGUGUUUUAAUAUCAUAAUAUCGAGAAAAUUUCCAACCACAAAGACA